GAAUGGUAGAGGAAUACAUUUUUCACUCUACAAGUUGGAUUACGGUCGUGUUUAUUCGGUCGGCGUGAAUUUGCGCCUUGAUAUUGUUACGAUUAAAAUUUGCGCCAUGAUUAUUUGGCGAUACUUGAAGGCCUUGGCUUCACACCGGGCACUGCCUGUGUGUUGGCUGCAGUUCCAUGACGUCCGCUGGGGGGCAAAUAUACAGUAUGUGGCGUUUGUGAAAGAACAAGCCGGCGCUCAUAGACGUAAAGCAAGGACAACAACAACAACACAACAUUUUCAGAUAUUUAGUUGACGGUACCCUGAACUUUAACAUAUUAAAUUCUGCACCCAGCAUUACAUUUUGAGGUGUCGAACCCCCAUAGGCGAAACAAACUGUGUUCUGAUACCCUGACCUAAUUCUAGGUAGUUUGAACUUUGACCUCUGCCUGAUACUUUCACCCAGCGUCAGCUGCAGACCCGUGACAACCGCAACACGACCCGGUAUCGGUUCGUACAGAUGCGCCUGAAGUUUCAAUUAUAAUCGCUACGUUCGGUGCGCAUAUUUAGCCUGCCUCACAAAGCCUGGGUGAGACUUUAGCUAGUGUACGUGUUCCACACCCAACCAUGCCUGUUGUACUUGGCUACUGGAGGCAACGAGCGUACGGCCAGUCGAUCAGACUGAUGCUGGAGUACACAGAAGCGGACUACAAGGAAGAGGUGUAUGUUUGCGGUGGACCUCCAGAUUUUAGCAAAGAUUGCUGGAGGAGUAUUAAGGACAACUUCGGUCUAGCCUUCCCAAAUCUCCCAUACUACAUCGAUGGUGACCUUAAAUUGACCCACAGCAUGGCGAUUAUGCGACAUCUGGGACGGAAAAACAACCUGUAUGGGGUGAGUGAAGAAGAACAGAUCCGUCAGGACAUGCUGGAACAGGAACUGUACCCAAAUAUUCCACCGAUAAGAACAAAACUGUGGAGCAAACCUGACUGUGUGUAGCUUAAAUUAUCUUUUAAUUUCACUUUAUGUCAGAUAAAUAUUUGAAAAUCUUUCAUUGAUUUAAGGUCCAUGGAUGGCUUUAUCAAUAUGGUAAGCCACUGUUUUAUUUAAGAUCGACGUUUCGGCCUGUCACCUUUCUCUUGGCAAUACCGACUGAUACUAAUACGUACUGCAGCUAGCUAGGUAUCGCUGCUAGCAGAUGCGGUUCCAAAUGUAAAAUUGUAAACACUGCAUUGUAAACACGUCAGCAAGGGCAAGAAAUAAACUGCAUAGAUAUGAUAUGUGUAAAUAUGCAAAUAUUACGUUUGGGACCGCAUCUCUCAACAGCAACACCUAUCUGCAGUGCAUAAUAGAACCCGUCAGCUAGUAUUUGUAUUGAAUUGAGCACCUUUGUUGUGUACUAAGAACUUUGCGAUCAAUUGGCUCUAUGCACUAUAUCUUAAGAAUCCUUGCAGAAUCCAAGUAAUUUGAUGUCUCCUUGAUUAUGUAGCCUUUGCAGCAAGUGAGAUUCGUCUUCCACCGUAUACUGUCUAUUUCGGAAAUGUAAGGGUUUGACUUGGUUGUAAUGGAAGUCUUUGCCAGACGUGGUGUUCCCAUAGAGAGAGACGGAAUCACAGAAGGACAGAGCGAGUAGGACCGACAUCAGAGCAGCGGACGGAGGCUCUUGUAGUCUGAUGUUGAACCUUCGCAAUAUCCUAAGGGCAAACAAAUAAUGAUCUCGCAUUAAAAACAGUUAGCAUAA